AUAAGAGGCUCUCAUUAUCCAGGUCGGCCGUAGGAACUCGCAGGCGCAACAAUGGCGAAGAACAAAUUGCCGCUACAGUCGAGCAACAUCGUCAACACAAACGGCAAGACCAUCGAGGAGACCUACCAGAAGAAGACGCAGCUGGAGCACAUCCUGCUCCGCCCCGACACUUACAUCGGCUCCGUCGAGAAGCACGUCCAGAACCUAUGGGUAUGGGAGGACGGAUCCAUGGUCCACCGAUCUGUCUCUUAUGUUCCCGGCCUCUACAAGAUCUUCGAUGAAAUCCUCGUUAACGCGGCCGACAACAAGCAGCGGGACCCCAAGAUGGACUCCUUGAAGGUGGUCAUCGAUCCCGAGCAGAACCUCAUCAGCGUGUACAACAAUGGGGACGGUGUGCCGGUGGAGAUUCAUCAGGAGGAAGGGGUUUAUGUUCCGGAGUUGAUUUUCGGACACCUGUUGACUAGUAGUAACUACGAUGACACUGUGAAGAAGACCACUGGUGGCAGAAAUGGAUACGGUGCCAAGCUCACCAACAUCUUCUCCACAGAGUUCGUGAUCGAGACCGCUGAUGGCAAGCGGAAGAGGAUGUACAAGCAGGUAUUUUGCAAGAACAUGGGAGAGAAGUCUGAACCAACAAUCACAACCUGCAAGGCAUCUGAGAAUUGGACUAAAGUUACGUUUAAGCCCGACCUGUCAAAAUUCAACAUGGACCAUCUUGAGGAUGAUGUUGUUGCUUUGAUGAAGAAACGGGUGAUAGACAUGGCAGGAUGUCUUGGGAAAACAGUGAAGGUGGAGUUAAAUGGGGAGCAGAUCCCUGUUAAAUCCUUCAAAGAUUAUUGUGAGCUUUAUCUACUAUCUUCCAGUGAUGAAAGCCCCAAGAGUGAGUAUGUAAGAGUGAAUGACAGGUGGGAAGUCUGUGUUAGCUUGCGGGAAGGAUUUCAGCAGGUCAGCUUUGUCAACGGGAUUGCAACUAUUAAAGGUGGAACUCACGUGGAUUAUGUUGCAAACCAGAUUGCAAACCAUAUUGCAGCUCUUGUAAACAGGAAGAACAAAAAUGCUAAUGCCAAAGCAAAUUCUGUGAGGAACUAUUUAUGGGUAUUUGUCAAUGCUCUCAUUGAUAAUCCUGCUUUUGAUUCCCAAACCAAAGAAACCUUGACUCUUCGUCAAGGCAGUUUUGGCUCUUCCUGUGAACUCCAAACAGAUUUUCUAAAGAAAGUGGAGAAGAUUGGAAUAUUGGAAGCAGUUCAAUCAUGGGCGGAUUUUCAACAAAAGAAAGCAUUGGCUAAAACUGAUGGAAAGAAAACCAAGAGAGUUAUUGUCGAAAAGCUGGACGACGCUAAUGAUGCUGGUGGGAAAGACUCUGAAAAGUGUACCUUGAUUUUGACUGAGGGAGAUUCAGCUAAGAACCUAGCUAAGGCAGGUAUUACAGUUGUUGGCAGCGAUCGCUAUGGCGUAUUUCCAUUGAGAGGCAAGUUACUGAAUGUAAGGGAAGCCACUGCCAAACAACUCGAAGAAAACAAAGAAAUUAAAGCAAUCAAACAGAUUCUAGGGCUACAGCACAACAAACAAUAUGACAGCGUCAAAACACUGAGAUAUGGUCAUUUAAUGAUAAUGACAGACCAGGACUAUGAUGGUUCUCACAUCAAAGGACUUCUAAUUAAUUUCAUUCAUACAUUCUGGCCAUCGCUCCUAAAAGUCCCUUCCUUCUUAGUGGAGUUCGUUACACCUAUUAUUAAGGCUAAGAAUAAGAACGGGAAGACCCUGGCAUUUUAUUCUAUGCCUGAGUAUGAAUCAUGGAAGAAGAGUUUAGGGGACAAUGCACGAGGUUGGUCUAUUAAGUACUACAAGGGGUUGGGAACAAGCACAUCACAAGAAGGCAAGGAGUACUUCAGUAACCUUGAUAAACACAAGAAAAAUUUCCUUUGGGAAGAUCAACGAGAUGCAGAAGCAAUAGAGCUUGCUUUUAGUAAGAAGAAGAUUGAAGCAAGGAAGAAUUGGCUGAGACAAUUUGAGCCUGGAACUCACCUUGAUCAUAGUGUAAAAAACGUUAGAUAUACUGACUUUGUGAACAAGGAGCUUAUUCUGUUUUCAAUAUCUGACCUUCAAAGGUCUAUUCCAUCAGUGCUUGAUGGUCUAAAACCUGGUCAAAGGAAGAUCUUGUUCUGUGCUUUUAAGAGAAACUUGAUAACAGAAGCAAAGGUUGCUCAAUUCUCUGGUUAUGUUUCCGAGCACUCUGCUUACCAUCAUGGUGAAGCAAGCUUGCAGGGUACCAUUGUUGGCAUGGCUCAGGAUUAUGUUGGUAGCAAUAAUAUUAAUUUUUUCCUUCCAAAUGGUCAAUUUGGCUCAAGAAGUGCGGGUGGCAAGGACCAUGCAAGCCCAAGAUACAUUUACACUCUACUUUCACCUGUGGCAAGAUUUUUGUUUCCCAAAGAGGAUGAUGCCCUUCUUCACUACCUGAAUGAGGAUGGCCAAUCCAUUGAACCCAAAUGGUAUGUGCCUAUCAUUCCUAUGGUACUAGUUAAUGGUUGUGAAGGAAUUGGGACAGGUUGGAGUUCCUACAUCCCCAAUUAUAAUCCAAAGGACAUUAUUGCAAAUGUGAGGCGCCUACUGCUUGAUGAACCAAUGAAGCCUAUGGAUCCAUGGUAUAAAGGUUUUAAAGGAACCAUAGAGAAGCUAGCAAUCAAAGAAGCAGGAAAUACUUACACAGUCACUGGAAUCGUGGAGGAGGUUGAUGAAACAACUCUAAGGAUUACAGAGUUGCCAGUUCGGAGAUGGACUGAUGAUUACAAGCAGUUUCUGUCCUCAAUGAUGGCUUUAAAUGACAAAGUCAAGGAUCCUUUCAUAAAGGAAAUGAGGGAGUACCAUGAUGUGAACACUGUACACUUUGAAAUUGAAUUAUCUGAAGAGAAUAUGAUGUUGGCCAAGGAAGAGGGGUUGAUCAAGAGGUUUAAACUAACUAAUACAAUUAGCACAUGCAAUAUGCACCUUUUUGACCCAAAUGGUGUAAUAAAGAAAUAUGAGACACCAGAGCAGAUUAUUGAGGACUUCUUCAAAGUAAGGAUGGAGUUUUAUGAGAAAAGGAAGAGAUUUCUCUUGGAAAAGUUUGAAGCAGAGUUGUUGAAACUUGAUAACAAGGUCAGGUUUAUCCUGGGUGUAGUGAGUGGAGAGAUCAUUGUGAAUAACAGGAAGAGAGCUGAACUGUUUCAAGAGUUGAGGAACAAAGGUUUUACUCCUAUUCCAAAGAACACCACAGCUGUGUCUGGAUCAAGUGAGGUUGCUGAAGAAGAAAGCGAGGAAAGUGGUAGUCAAGUGGCAGCAGGGGUUAAAGCAGGUGACUAUGACUACUUGCUGUCUAUGGCAAUUGGUAGCCUCACUCAUGAGAAGGUCCAAGCGCUGUGUGCGGAGAAGGACAAAAUCAACGAAGAGGUUGUACGGAUAAGGAAUGCUACUCCAAAGUCGCUGUGGAUGGACGAUCUCGCUGCUCUUGAAAAACAGCUUGAUGAGCAAGACAAGGCUGACAACACCACGGAGGCAAACAACCAGGAGAGGAAAAAAGUGGCGGGCAGUGAGAGAAAGCCACCUGCUAGAAAACCGCAGGCUAAGAAGGCUGCCAAAGAAGCUGCUGCUGCUGAACCCAUGGAGGUAGAAGAUGGUUCUGCAAUGGACACAGACAAGGGGGUUACUGAGACUGUGAAACCAAAAGGCAGAGGCGGCGGUUCCAAGAAAGCUGCAGCAGCUGCUAAGAAGGGAAAAGAAUCGUCAUCCCUUGUGCAAAUAGAUGAAGAAGACGAAGAUGAUGAGAUUCAAGAUCUGAAAGACAGGCUUGCAGCUUACAAUCUUGACUCAUCUCCCGAUCUGUCAGAAGCCGGGAAAGCCCAAGUCCCCAAAGUCCAGCGGAAAGAACCCAGCAAGAGAUCAAAGAAGCCGCCGCCACCUAAAGUGUCUGAGAUCAAUAACCUCAGUGAUGAUGAUGAUGAUGAUGAUUACAACCUGGACAACAACGAAGAAGCAGAGAAACGGAAGAAGGUGGGGAAGAAAGCCACAGCAGCAAAUGCUAAAGCUCCAGCAGCUGCUGCAGCAAAGAAGAGGGGACCAGCUGCAAGAUCGCAGGUGACGGGGCAGAAACUGAUCACGGAGGUUCUGAAGCCGUCUUCGCCUGACAAAAAGGUGAGGAAGAUGAGGGCAUCUCCGUUCAACAAGAAAAGUGGGUCUGUGCUUGCUGGAGGAGGAGGAGGAAUCACCAGUGUGUAUGAUGAUGGUGAUGAUGAUGAACAGCCGGCGAGUGGCGGCGGCACAGAAGAGGUGGCUAACUUUGUGGCGGCUGCAAGGAGGAGCAGCAGGCCUCAGCGUGUAGCUCGCGCGAAGGCAACUUACGUCAUCAGCGAUUCGGAUGAAGAUGAUGAAGAAGAUGAGAGUGAUCCUGAAGAGGUCAUUGAAGUGGAUGAUGACUUUGAAGAUGAUGACUGAAUCUGAGAAACUCUCUCCCUGUUAUUAUUAGCUUUAAUAACGUUCCUUCUUCAGGUGUCAAACUACGUGUUUGUUAAUAGGUGGUAAUGAUGAAGAUCUUCGGAACGAAAAAUAGCAAUGACAGAUUUGCUAUUCUUGGUGACACAUAUAGAUUGUUCUUGCAUAUAUAUUUUUUGUUCGUGUGUUUGUGAGAUACUAUCAAUACAAAUAUGGACAUGUGGUGUGCGAAGUACACAAUAAAAGAAGACAAUUAAAUUUGUCCCAUAAAAACAAAGUGGUGGGAUAAAUGUGGCAAUGAACUUACAGUACUAAA